AUUCAUUUGAGUGAGUGAAAUGAUUAAUCUUUUGUUCUGUAAAUUCAUCUAACCCACGUUUAGGGAAAAGCCUUUAGGAUUCUAGAAACUACCGUUGCUGGGUCAUGAUCCAAAGAAAUUAACAUGGAUUAUCAAGUGCUGACAAUUGAUAUUUUAUUUAUUAUGUCCAUAUUGCCCAAAACCUUGUAAUUUUGGAAUUUAUGACAAUUAGCCAUUUAUUUUGCCAUUGCCAUAUCUGCUCUUUAAAACAAAAAAGAUCAUUUCUUGAUUCUCAAAUUUCUCUCUCAAGGAAAAAAUGGCUUUAGAGAUCUGUGUGAAAGCUGCUGCUGGUGCCCCUGAUAUUCUUGGAGACUGUCCAUUCUGCCAAAGGGUUGUUCUUACUUUGGAGGAAAAGAAGGUUCCUUACAAGUUGAACCUUGUUAAUCUCAGUGACAAACCCCAAUGGUUCUUGGAGAUAAGUCCAGAAGGAAAGGUACCAGUGGUGAAGUUUGAUGACAAAUGGGUGGCUGAUUCUGAUGUGAUUGUUGGGAUUAUUGAAGACAAGUUCCCGGAGCCUUCUUUGAAAACACCCCCUGAAUUUGCCCAUGUUGGAUCGAAAAUAUUUGGUACUUUUAUCACAUUUUUGAAGAGCAAGGAUGCAAACGAUGGAUCAGAGCAGGCUUUGGUUAAUGAACUGAAAGCAUUGGAUGAACAUCUUAAGGGACAUGGGCCAUUCAUUGCUGGGGAAAAGAUUACGGCUGUUGAUUUAGGUUUGGGACCAAAGCUGUACCAUCUCGAGAUCACACUUGGCCAUUUUAAGAAGUGGACUGUUCCUGAAAGCUUGACUUAUGUCCACAAUUACAUGAAGUCGAUUUUCGGUCGGGAAUCUUUCGUGAAAACUAAGGCUGCCAAGGAACAUGUGAUCGCGGGAUGGGCACCUAAGGUGAAUGCAUGAAUUUUACUUCAAAAGCUUUAGGUUUUUCAAACUCUUUCCAGAGCAUAUAAACUAUGAAAGUGUGUAGAGGCUAUGAAAACUAGAUGAAGACUGGGUGUUCGAGUCAUUUCAUAAAUGUUUAAGCCUAUAGCUUUCAUUGUCCUUCCUUUAGUUAAUCAAUAAAUAAGUGGUAAGAAAUAUACUACUAUCAACGGGAGAUUUUCUUUGGUAUGUAUGACAAAAAGAGAGGAUGUCAUGUCAUGUUAUAUGUUUCCUUUUUCUAAUAGAUUAAUUUUCAUCUAAAAAAAUUAAA